UCAUCGGCUUUAGAGCGUAGACCACGCACAUUUUGAUAAAACACGGUUAUACGCGUCGCUUGAUCGCUGGGUGCUUGAUGUAAUGAAGUUUUAGUAGCUGGUAUGUUGGAAAUGACGGAGCUUAUCGUAGAUGGUGAGUAUAUGAUGAGUGUUUGUGUUGUCGAAGGGAUUGCUCGGACCGUGUGAGUACCAUAUGACUGCGCUGCUGUGGUGCGGUUACUUCGGAAAAAAUGAUGUUGAAAUCGUACCCAUAAGGCCUUGCUACAUGAACCGAAAUUUCAAAAAGUUUUCGGUCAAAAGGGGGGACCAGGCGAAAACUUUACGUCAAAAAAAUUUGAGCUCCGAGAGCUGAAAUCUCAUUCGAAAUCUUUUUGACAGCAACCCGAAAACUCAAAAUGACAGCAUUGUAGGUGUCAACAGGAAAAGGAAGAGCAUUAUCACAACAAAACAAGAUUAAACAAGCAUAAAGCCGGCAUUGUGAAAGACCGGGAACGGCGUCAUGACAGCGAUCGAAAUCGGUACAGCAAUCGGGACCUGGACCAGCAACGAUAUCAGUAAUGGCACCGAUAUCAGGACGGGUACCGGUAUCAGUACUGGCACCGGUAUCAGUACGGGCACUGGCAUCAGGACAGGCACCGGUAUCAGGACGGGCUUCGGGAAUAGGGCUGGCAUCGGGAUCAGGCCUGGCAUCGGAAGCAGGACUGGCACCGGUAUCAAGACUGGCACCGAUUUCAGGACGGGCAUCGGGAUCAGGACGGGCACCGGUAUCAGGACGCGCUUCGGGAUCAGGCCUGGCAUCGGGAUCAGGACUGGCUUCGGGAGCAGGCCUGGCAUCGGGAUCAGGACUGGCUUCGGGAGCAGGACUGGCUUCGGGAUCAGGACGGGAACCGCGUAAAUAUAUGCGAGAGGACGUGGAGCUCUGCUUGCGGAUGGCUAAUGCGGUAAAAAAACAGAACAUCAUCUACAAUAAAAAAUCUCCGCAUUAUAAAAACCGAGACCGUCAAAAUGAUGCAUGGAUGUGUGUCGCAGAAGAGGUCGGGUUGACCAUGGCAGAGGCCAAAAAAAUGUGGCACAACAUGCUGGCCAAAUAUCGGUCAUACCGAUCCAAAGUGCGCCAGAGCAUGCAGACCGGGUCAGCCUACGCCGAAGUUUAUCGCCCGCGAUGCCUGGGAGGCUUUGUCGUUUAUGAACGAUGCGUCGGAGGACGCUGAACAUGCAGACACGGUAAGAAUAAUCUGUUUUUUUGUUUCUGUUAAUCGAUCUACCGCACACUUUGUUAUUAAAUGUAUUAGUUGCACACUUUAAGAUAUGAAAUGUAUUAGCUCUUUCUUUUUUUGAAAAGUGGUUUUAUUAUGUUACUUUAUCGAUAAUAAUGUAAAAAAACAUUUAGCCAUUGGCUAAAUAUUGUAAAUAAUAAAUUAUUUUCCUAACUACCACGUUUUGCGCAAAUAAUGCGCAAAACCGUCACAGCCUUGAAAUUCUAUAGUUUCAUAUUUCGAAAUCGAAGGAAAUUAGUCGGUAGCUUGAUACCAUUUUCAUUAAACAGUACCAAACCGGCAUAGUUUUUGCUGUGGUGCAAUGAUGAGCUAUAAUUUGGUCGUGUGAAACAAUUGGCGAAUGACCCUGCUUAUGGUUUCAAGGUGACCAUACAAAAUAAUAACUAUAAUGCAAACAGGGAUUCAAUAAGUUCAUCCAUUGAUUUAAUAACUAUGUGAUACAGGAUAAAAUGUUCACAAAAUUAUUUACCGUUGAAAUUAUCCCUAGAAUUACAUACUUUUAACGUGCUACUGUACCAACGCGUACCAUUUCUGUUACUUCAAUAACUUUUGCCCUAUGUGUUAUAUUAAAAAAGUUAGCAUUUUGCAUGCGUUGCAAAAUCAACUAAGUUUGUUACAAUUCAUGCGUGGUUAUAUGCAUUGUUGUUGUUCUUAUAUGAUAUAUCUUUGAAAGCUCUAUGUUGUUUCGUGUUAUCUUGUUACAGAUAUCACUUCAAAAAGUUUUCGGAAGCAGCGUUGUCACAAAUGGUAUAUUUAUAACAUACUAAUAUCGUUUUACGUGCAACUUGCCCACUUUGGCCAAGACCAUGGUUUGCUGCAGAAAAGCCCGGCAUCAUAUCGAGAUUUGUACCAGCAUUCCAACUCUACAAAUUUUGUUUUUAUUAAAUACUUUAUUUUCACCUCCGAACCCUAAGUUUACCAGAGUAAAGCCUCUCAAUAUUAUAUUAUCAAUAUAUUACAUCAAUAUUAAAAUAUUAUAUAUGUUUUUACUAGUUAAGGAAUAUAAUUAUUUGUCUUCAUUGAUCAGUAAAUCAACUGUUGCCAAUAAACCGUUUAUAAUCGA